AUGUUCGAAAAAACCCGCGAUAUCUUCACCCACCUCAUACACCCGAUUUUAUUCAUGUACCUAGCAGCAUCCUACAUCCCAUCCACCACAACGUCCCUGCUCUCCCCUCUCCAACUCAACAUCCUGCUCUCACCAUCCGCAUUCGUCUGUCCCUCCAAUCUUCCCCUUGACCAAGAAGAAAAACAAAAAGAAAUCUGGUUCGCUCGUUUCUGGGCCAUCUAUGGCCCGGAACUGCAAAAGAACACCUCUCCCACCGUCGCGCCCCUCCUGCAGCGCGUCCACGGCAUCGUGCUAGACAUCGGUCCCGGGUCCGGCGAAUGGCUUCCGCUGUUACCCAAGAACCGCAUCACGAAGAUCUAUGGCGUGGAGCCGAAUAAAGAUCACCAUGCGGCGCUGCGUAGGAAGAUCAGGGAGUGUGGAUUAGAGGGCGUGUAUGAGAUUGUGCCGGUGGGAAUUGAGGAUUUAGAGGAGGGGGGAUGGAUUAAAGAGGAGAGGGUGGAUAGUGUUAUUACUCUGUUUUGUCUGUGUGGUAUUCCGAGGCCGAGGGAGAUGAUUGGGAGGCUGUAUGGCAUGCUUGGGGAGGGCGGGGUUUGGGUAUUGUAUGAGCAUGUUAGGGUUAGGGAGGGGAGGUGGGUGGGGUGGUAUCAAUCGGCGAUGAAUCUCUUCUGGCCGCACUUUUUGGGGGGCUGCGAACUUAGGAGGGAUACGGGACGGUGGGUCAAGGAGGCUGGACCUUGGAGUCAGGUUGAAUUGGUACAGCCUGUGAAUGAACCGGAGUAUCAGGUUGUGCCUCAUAUUCAGGGUGUCCUGGUGAAGUGA